AAAAAUUCAAAAAUCAGAGACACAAGAGUUCGCCUUUGGUGGGGAAGAAGCAGAAAGUAGGGUGCCCAAAUCAUCUACCUUCGAUCACAUGUUCAUUCCCUCACAAUCCGACGGUUGAGAUUGUCACAUAAUUAAUAACCGAAAUCACAACGUAUGAUCUUUGGAUCUUCCCUCUCUCGUUUCACUUCCAGUUCUUCAUUUCAGCUUCUUUUUCAGCCCUUAACUUUUCGGGACAAUCUUUGAGCUCUCUUGACGGUUUUAGCAAAUUUCCUCAACUCGGUUCGGGAGAAAGUUAUCUGGCCAUGUUUGGAUAGUGAGAAAAUAACAACGAAAAGAAUUUAUAAAAUGCCCGUUUCAACUCGGUCUCAGCUCACGAAUCAAGGGAGCAACGAAAGUCCAGAACAGAAGGAAGGUAAUCUUCCAUAUAGAAACCUUCACCAUGGAUUGAAAGAGAAAAUGAGAGCCUUAACCCUUUUGUACGAGCAGCAAAAGCAGGCUUCCCUGGCUCUCAAGAACCAGUCUUCCAUGGCAGAAGAGCAGCAACGAUUCAAGACCCAGUCAAGCUGUGAGCUUCAGGGAUUUUGUAAAAAUGAAGAAGAGAAAAAAACAAAGUCGAAUAAUAACCAAGUGAUGAGGGAGAACUCAAUACCUAACUCCACCGUUACAAGAACUUAUGUACUCCCUCAGCCUUCAAAUGAUGACGCGAAGGAGAAUGUGGCGAUGGUUGGAGGUGGCGGCGGUGGCAGGGAUCGAAUUGUGAGCUUUUCAGCGUGUCCGAGAAAGGCCAUGGCUCCAAAAAUUGUAGCGAGGAAGCUCUCAUUGGGGAGUUUGGCGCCUCAGAUGGAAUCGAAAGGCGUGGACUUGUUAAAGAAUGUUCAAGAAUUGGAGAAGUUGGAGACUGUUCCGGUGAAAACCAGAAUCUGUGGGAGUAGGAUUAUGGUGUUUGUGAGGCUUAGACCAAUGGGGAAAAAGGAAAAAGAAAUGGGUUCUCGGUGUUGUGUGAGAAUUGUAAACAGAAGAGAUGUUUUUCUGACUGAGUUGGCCAAUGAAAACGACUAUCUGAGGCUGAAGAGGCUUAGGGGAAGACAUUUCACAUUUGACUCUUCCUUUCCAGAUACUGCUACUCAACAAGAAGUCUACUCCACUACAACUGCAGACCUCGUGGAAGCAGUCCUGCAGGGAAGAAAUGGCUCAGUUUUCUGCUAUGGAGCAACAGGUGCUGGAAAAACUUACACCAUGCUUGGUACGGUUGAGAAUCCAGGAGUCAUGGUUUUGGCAAUUAAGGACCUCUUCACAAAAAUAAGGCAGAGGAGCUGUGAUGGAAAUCAUGUAGUUCAUCUUUCUUAUCUGGAGGUCUAUAAUGAAACUGUCAGGGAUUUGCUCUCUCCUGGAAGGCCUUUGGUGUUGAGAGAAGACAAACAGGGAAUCAUAGCAGCAGGUCUUACACAGUACAGAGCUUACUCAACAGAUGAAGUGAUGGCAUUACUCCAACAGGGAAACCAUAACCGAACCACCGAACCAACUCGUGUCAAUGAAACUUCUUCACGUUCCCAUGCCAUCCUGCAGGUUGUGGUUGAAUACCGAGUGAGAGAUGAAGCUAUGAAUGUGGUAAAUCGAGUGGGGAAGCUUUCACUGAUUGAUCUUGCCGGGUCAGAGAGAGCACUAGCCACAGAUCAAAGAACACUUAGAUCUCUUGAGGGUGCUAGCAUUAACAGGUCACUUCUUGCUCUGAGCAGUUGCAUCAAUGCCCUUGUGGAGGGCAAGAAGCACAUUCCCUAUAGAAAUUCAAAGCUGACGCAACUUCUUAAGGACUCACUAGGAGGCUCUUGCAACACUGUUAUGAUAGCCAACAUCAGUCCAAGCAAUCUCUCAUUUGGUGAAACCCAAAAUACCCUACACUGGGCUGAUCGUGCCAAGGAAAUCAGGACCAAGGCCUGCGAGGAAAUGAGUGAGGAAAUACAGCAACCACCAGAAUCUGAGACUGAUAGGGCCAAGUUAUUGCUUGAGUUACAAAAGGAGAAUCGCGAAUUGCGAUUGCAAAUGGCUCGUCAGCAACAGAAGCUCAUAACUCUUCAAGCACAGUCGUUGGCUGCAAACUUCUCUCCAACUCCUUCUUCAGGUACCUCUCUUAUGACUCCUCCAUCUACAGCCCAACCAAAUGAGAAAAGGAGGACAAGGACCUCUUUCUUAGGUGGUAACUGCUUCACUCCAGAGUCGCGGAAAAAGGGUGCUGAAGAAACAGUUAGAGAGCUUCAAAGAACUGUCAAGGCAUUAGAAACUGAGAUUGAGAAAAUGAAGAAAGACCACACUUUGCAGCUGAAACAAAAGGAUCAACUUAUUCGUGAGCUUUCAAGGAAGAGUGACAAACCACAAGAAGAAGUGUCACUACAGACGGCGACAAGGAUGGUGACAAGGGCUAGUCUACGGCCAAAGGAACGACCGAAGGAGCCAAUUGGAGGUGAAUUGAAGAGUCCUAGCUAUCGCUUCCGAUCACCAGUUCCUUCAGCUAAGAAACGAAGCUUUUGGGACAUAACCACAGCUAACAGCCCAUCCAUUACGACACUCAAUGGAAGAAAAACCAGAAGCCAUGUUGUUUCUGAAACUGGUGAUGUUCCAUCAAUGCUUCUUCAGCCAGGUUUUGCUCGACAAAAGCCAGAGUGUUUAAGGUAACAUCGGAGAGUGUUUAACAAAGCGAGUUACAGCCAGAGAGAAGAUUAAAAAUGUGGAAAGAAGGGAAUGACAAACACAGGAGGCUUUACCAGAAAAGUUCAUUCCCCACAAACCAUAAAUCUCUCUUGGUUGAGGCUUUGAGCUGGUCAAGUUCAAGAUGAAAGGAAAGAUUUUGUACUUUCUCAACAAUGAUUGCCACAUGUUUUUUUUUUUUUUCGUGUUCUUUUUUAUCUGUAUAUUUUUUCUUUAUUUUUAUAAGAAUUGCAAAAGUAUUUUAUUGCAAUAUCUUAAUUGUACUUGUAGAACAUACAUGAGUUUCUUCAUUAAUUUAUUUUAUGGAAUUAUAUGUGAACCAGUUUCUUUCUUUGUUCA